CCGCUAAUCAGUCGCUCUCGUAUGCUCGGACUGGCUGGACGCUUUCCAUUCGGACCACGAUUCCAUCCCAUUCUCGGCUCAGUGCACAAUCGUGUUGGAGUUGUGUUUCUUUCUUCUGAUUCUACAGUUUAGAAUAUUCACCUGCCGAAAGCCUUAUAAAAAGAACUCCACACUGCAACACUACAGGGACCGCGCGAGUAUCGAACCCAGGUACAUAUUGCCCGCGCUCGGAGUGGAAGCAUUGAACAAUCAAUCCGGCGGUUGGUUGAGUCAUUGGCGGCCAAUGUGGUAUUGUGUCUCUCCAUGACUACACGGCCGAUUGGUGGCGAUUGAUUACUCGGUGCUGUCGGUGCUAAGUAGAUAGAUCGCAAACAGAAAACAGUGCACCGUUUCUUUUCUCAUAAGCCGGGCAACGGAAAGUGUGAUCAAAAGUGUGGAAAAUUCAGAAAAGUUGUGUGGAUAAAGGUGUGACAACUAGAAACCUCAAUCUUGGUUGAACUGACGAAAUUUGAAACACAGAAAAUAAUACAAAAUAAGACGAAAAUCGAUUGGUGGUACUGGUGGUCACAAAAUUCAACAAACCGUUUUAUGACUUCGAGGCAAAUUUCGCGACAACCGUCGUCACGUGAAGAAACCAAAACAACAGAACCGUAAACCUUAAAGUAUUGAAUUUUUCUUCUUCUUCUAACAGAGCACUGCCAGCCUAAGUAUUGUUUAUUGGUCCUACCCAUUCAAAAAAAAAAAAAAAACCAGUUCAUUUUUGAUUAAGACAAAAAAGGUAGUUAUUACUGAAUUCAAGUGAGCCCACUGGAUGAGAACAAAUUGAGACAGCCCACACAAGUGAAUGAGUAAAAAGUGAACAUCAAAAGUGCGAUAAGUAGCAAUUGGGACAGUGGAAAAGAAAAAAAAAGGUUGGAUUAACACAAUCUGUGACGUGCGUGUCUGUGAGCACACUGAAGACGAGAGCAUUUCGGGAAUCAAAUGUUGCUGUAGAUCAGACCAACUCACAAUCGUCAAUCCCCGCCGCAUUUUUUCUAGCUUUACCAUAGUCACAAGCAAGCACCUUGAGUAAACUGUUUCAAAAUAAUGCACCGAAGUAGGAUAUACUGGCUUUGGCCAACGGUGGCCCUUUUGGCCUCCAUCGCAUCAUCGUGGAUGGCAGUUUCAGCGACACCUGUUCAAACAACGUCACAAGCUGAGCUCUACCUGUCACAGUUUGGCUACCUCAAUGCAAAAUUCCGGAAUCCAACCAGCGGGAGCCUGCUGCAAAAGGAUACCUGGGAGAAGGCAAUCAUGGAGUUCCAGAGCUUUGCCGGCCUCAACAUAACCGGUGAGCUGGACGGCGAGACGAUGGAGCUCAUGUCACUGCCACGGUGUGGAGUUCGGGAUAAGGUCGGUUUCGGAUCGGACUCCCGAUCGAAACGGUACGCCCUGCAGGGAAGCCGGUGGAAGGUGAAAGCCCUCACCUAUCGGAUAUCCAAGUACCCGUCGCGGCUGGACCGAGCCGAGGUAGAUAAGGAAAUAGCAAAGGCCUUCUCGGUGUGGAGCGAGUAUACUGAUCUUUCAUUCACGGCAAAGAAGAGCGCUCCGGUGCACAUAGACAUUAGGUUCGAGGUAAACGAACACGGCGACGGAGAUCCAUUCGAUGGUCCGGGAGGCACUCUGGCGCACGCCUAUUUCCCAGUGUACGGAGGAGAUGCCCACUUUGACGAUGCGGAGUUCUGGACGAUUGGCAAGAGCCGGGGGACGAACCUGUUCCAGGUAGCCGCACACGAGUUUGGUCAUUCGCUGGGGCUGAGCCACUCGGACGUACGGUCGGCACUGAUGGCACCGUUCUACCGGGGGUACGAUCCGGUGUUCCGGUUGGAUUCGGAUGAUGUUCAGGGAAUCCAAGCUCUCUACGGUCGCAAGACCAGCAGUAGCGGUGGUGGUAAUGGCAUAACCCCAUCCCGAACGACUUCCCGUCCGGUGCAGAAGGAUCCGGAUUCCGAACUGUGCUCCUCUCCGAAGGUCGAUUGCAUGUUCAACGCGGCGGACGGCAGUACGUACACAUUCAAGGGUGACAGCUACUACAAACUGACGGAGAAUGCCGUGGCCGAAGGGUACCCGAAAAAGAUCGCCGAAGGAUGGCCUGGAUUGCCUGGCAACAUCGACGCAGCUUUCACGUACAAAAAUGGAAAGACGUACUUCUUCCAGGGGACCAAGUACUGGCGGUACACCGGCCGACAGGUGGAUGGCGACUAUCCAAAGGAGAUUAGCGAAGGAUUUACCGGUAUUCCGGAUCAUCUGGACGCUGCUCUGGUGUGGGGCGGCAACGGCAAGAUCUAUUUCUACAAGGGUAGCAAAUUCUGGCGGUUCGAUCCGCUGAAGCGACCACCGGUCAAGUCCACCUAUCCGAAACCAAUCUCCAACUGGGAGGGUCUGCCCAAUAACAUUGAUGCUGCCCUGCAGUACACCAAUGGCUAUACGUACUUCUUCAAGGACGAUAAGUACUAUCGGUUUAACGAUAGGACAUUCUCAAUUGACCAAUCCGACCCACCGUUCCCACGGCCGGUGGCGCACUGGUGGUACGGCUGCAAGAACACCCCCUCGACGUUCGACACGCUAGGUAAUGUUAAAGCUAUUAAGAGUGAAGAAGCCAACCACGACAAUGUCGCCGAUGAUUUGAUUUUGGAUGCGGCCGGUACCGACGAGCGACCCGCCGAAGACAGCAGAAAAAAUGGAGCGACCUCCGCUCGAACCAAUGUCAGAAUUAUUCUGUUCGCAGCUCUGCUGGGACUUGCACUGAAAUUCUAAUCGUUCAUCCCCGGAACCGGAGCGUGGUUUUGUUCAGUUUUCGAGUAGUUUGAGCGAAUGUUCACGAGUUCGUGUUCGAGAAGGGAAUCCAAAUCCAACCAUCCAAUCAACCAAGCCAAGUGAAAAGGAACAGCAGAGGAUGAGUUUUGCGUCAGAAAAUUGAUCUCACAAUUUGUUCCGAGCGCAGCCAGCUUCAACAACAUGUACCAUUUCGAGAGCCAGUGACUCAAAGCCAGAUCCCUUCUCCAGAUGACCCGGAUGCGAUGAGAGGACGUAGCAGUAAAAAAAAAACAAAAAUCGUGAUACAAAGCACUUAUGAAUAUUUUUUCAUCUUGUGUGUGCGUUUCCCGGAACGCACAUAACAAAAAAUUGAAUCGAUUUUCUUAGUUUCAGUGUACACCUAUGUUAUGUAUGUAUUUCUAUUUGUUUUAAUCCAACCAAAUAGGAUUUCGAAUUCGGUUUUCUAUAGUAUAUAUAACAGAGAAACAAAGCAACUUCAGUCCAAGUCAUUACCGUAAGACCCUUAAGUUUGUUUGUUUUUAAGUAGAAUUUACACACAAAUACGAUCGAGACAGGAGCGAAGGAAGAAAACAGUAAACGGUGCCUUUAAACAAUUUGUAAAUAAUCAUUAACUAAAGUAAUUCUAAACGGAAGGAAAACGUAACCCGAACAUUCUGAAAGAAUGGCAUGCAAUGAAGACGAGGAAGAAACAUUCUAUUGAUUGUUGAUUGUUAUUUAUCAUUUUCUUUCGAAAGUCUAGCAUUCCCAUCUGAGCGAAUCCAGAGAAAACCGAAAUUUACCAUAUCUUCUUGAACUUUCCUCCAAAUCAAAGUGAACUAAAAGUGCAUUCAUAAGUGUAUCAUUUCAGAGUUAGGAGAAUUUAUUAUCAUUAUAUGAAAAUUUUGUACAUAUUUAUUGCGAAUAGUCCUAGGAUUAACCGGAAAGUAUA